AUGCGGUCUUUCACUCAAGCUCUGCCGCUGGCGGCAACUCUUUUCCUUUCCAGCACGGCUCCGGUCAACGCCCAGACCGAUGACACCAAGUACCUGCUGGUCUUCGGUGACUCGUACUCGACCGUCGGCUACUGGCCGCAGGGCACCGCGCCCUCGGCCAGCAGCCCGCUCGGCAGCGUCGCGCUGCCGGGCUCCACCACCAGCGGCGGCCUCAACUGGGUGGGCCAGGUGACGUCCAAGCUCAACACCAGCCUGACCCUGACCUACGACUUCGCCGUCUCGGGCGCCACCACCGACAAGGACAUCGUCGACAGCUACGCCAGCUCCUGCGUCGACGACCAGGUCGACCAGUACGGCCAGUACGUCAACGGCACCAUCCCCGCCGCCGACACCCUCGCCGUCUUCUGGACCGGCAUCAACGACGUCGGCGAGUCGUUCUGGGACGGCACCACCGCCCCCAUCGCCAAGGUCAUGGACCGCUACGUCGAGCUGCUGGAGACGCUGUACGACUCGGGCCUGCAGAAAUUCGUGCUCUUCACCGUGCCUCCCUUCGACAAAGCCCCCGCCUUCGCCAGCCAAGACGCGACCAAAGUCGCGCAGAUGCGCAGCGACAUCGCCGACUACAACGCGGCGCUGCAGGAGCGCUGGACGUCGUUCAAGGCUGCCAACGCCGGCGCCAGCGGCCAGGUCUUCAACACGACGCCCUCGUUCGAGGCGGUCCUCGACGAUCCCACCAGCUACGGCGCCGCCGACGCCACGUGCCAGAGCGGCGACGGCACCAGCUGCGUCUGGACGGACACGUACCACCCCGGUCUGGCGGUGCACGAGGUGGUUGCGAAGGCGUUUAUGGAGGUGGCGGCGACGCUGUGGUAG